UCUUGGAGGUAGAGUUGCCUCAGGUCAGGGAUGGGAUCCGCUCUGCUGCUCCACAAUCUGGACUUUCUGCUCAUCUCACUACUCAGCAGUUUAUGCCUGGUUUACGCAGAUGAUGUGCUCACAAAAGAGGAACAGAUAGGCCUGUUGUUCAAAGCCAAACGGAAGUGUGAGGGCAACAUCAAGUCAAAGCACAAGAUCCCCGAUGGUUUCUGCUCACCAGAAUGGGACGGGAUUGUUUGUUGGCCUGAAGGGCCUCCGGGAAAGCUCGUAUCUACCGCCUGUCCAGAGUACAUCUAUGACUUCAACCAUAAAGGCCUGGCAUACCGCCGGUGUGACAACAAUGGAACGUGGGAGCUGGCCACAAUCAACAAGACGUGGGCCAAUUAUAACGAAUGUGCGAAAUUCCUCUACCAUUACAACCACAGCCAUGAAAAGGAGGUCUUUCACCGUCUGUAUCUCAUCUACACAGUGGGGUACUCCAUUUCUCUGGGAUCGCUCAUGGUGGCCGUAGUCAUCUUGGGAUAUUUCCGACGAUUACACUGCACCAGGAACUACAUCCACAUGCACCUAUUUGUGUCCUACAUGCUUAGAGCCAUCAGUAUUUUUGUGAAAGAUGUCGUGCUCUACUCUGGGUCGGCCCUAGAGAACAUGGAAAGAGUCACAGUGGAAGACCUCAAGUCCAUCACUGAGGCUCCACCAGCCAACAAAACACAGUUUAUUGGCUGCAAGGUGGUCGUGACCUUGUUCAUGUACUUUCUGGCGACCAAUUACUACUGGAUCCUCGUAGAGGGUCUGUACCUUCAUAGCCUCAUCUUCAUGACCUUCUUCUCAGACAGAAAGUAUCUAUGGGGAUUUACUCUGAUUGGUUGGGGAGUACCGGCUAUGUUUGUGACAGUUUGGGCAACUGUGAGAGCCAUGUUUGCAGACACCGAGUGUUGGGACUUAAGUGCAGGCAAUUUGAAAUGGAUAUAUCAAGUGCCUAUCCUGGCGGCUGUAGUGGUUAAUUUUAUGUUAUUUCUGAACAUCAUCAGAGUCUUGGCAACUAAAUUACGAGAAACAAACGCUGGAAGGUGUGACACAAGGCAACAGUACAGAAAACUGUUGAAGUCCACGCUGGUGCUGAUGCCACUGUUUGGUGUCCACUACAUCAUAUUCAACGCCAUGCCGUACACAGAGGUGUCUGGAGUUCCCUGGCUGAUCCAGAUGCACUAUGAGAUGCUGUUUAACUCCUUCCAGGGAUUCUUAGUUGCAAUUAUAUACUGCUUUUGCAACGGAGAGGUUCAAGCUGAGAUCAAAAAGUCCUGGAGCAGGAGAACUCUGGCACUGGACUUCAAAAGAAAAGCUCGGAGUGGCAGUAACACUUACAGCUAUGGACCUAUGGUAUCACACACCAGUGUUACCAACGUCACUGCCAGAGGACCGCUGGCCCUCCACCUCACCACGAGGCUGGGACCGGUGCCUGUGAACGGGCACAGGAACCUCCCCGGGUACGUGAAGAACGGCUCCGUCUCAGAGAACUCGAUACCUUCGUCGGGACAGGAGCUCCACAUCCCCGAGGAGGAGCAUUCUGCUCACACGCGGCCCUGCGAGGACGAGAAACCCUCGCCCGUGGUCGAGGAGGAGAGGGAGACGGUCAUGUGACCGCUGUGUAUAGGGAUGAAAACUGGAAAAAAAAAACAAAAAAAAAAAAACAAAUCAUAACACAGUCUCAGGAUGGUCUGCCAGUUUUUUUUCUCCUGUGAAUCGAGCCAGAACUUUGGCAACCAAUGAGGCUCAAGGUAACAAAAAAAAAAAAAAAAAGAAAAAAAAGAAAAAAGGGUGUAUCACUUUUGUGAGCUGGGCCACCUUUAUUUGAGGGAUGAUGACCCUCAUUGUUGUGGCAAACACUCUCAACUCUUUCAACAACCACCUGCCACAGUGAAUGUGUAAAAGGCUGAAAACAGACUGCCGUUUCUUACUUCUUUCCCACUGCCAUCGAGUUUUCUGUUUGCUUUUUUGGCAGAUGUCUUGUUGCUCAGCUCUUGUGCAUAAAUCAAACUGAGGUUAGUUAGUUGCAGUAGUUGCCAGGAACAGCCUUAAUCACCUAUGUAAAGCCAGGUGGAUUUUGAGUGCACUUAGUGGCACAUGUGUGGGCAAUUUCAUCA